AUGGUUUAUGAAAGGGGAGGGUGCAUGCAAGUGGGAGUGUGCUUGUGUUGCACCAACGGCAUGAGUGAGUUGUGGGCUGGUGUGCAUGUGAGCCGCACCAAAGGAAAGAAAGCAUGCAAGGGGUGCGUGGGCUGCUGUGCUUCAGCUGCACCAAGGCAAGGGAGAGAGAGCACGGCAGAGAGGGAGUGGAUUGCUUGUGAGAUGCAAGCAAGCAGUCCCACGAACUCCUGGAGGAUGUUUCAGCAGGGAGUUAGCUGGGUUCAUCAAGGGUUCAACUUUCAAGAGAGGAUAUAUCUCUUGGGGUGA